GAUGUGAGUGUUGGAGGGAGUGCUCUCCUAUGGACGAGAAAGAGGGUCGUCUACUCAAGGGCUGGCCAUUUCGAAAUGACUCGCCUUUAUGUUCUGAUAUGCGGUGACGUAACCAUCGUGAGGUUGACCCCACGCACCUUGUUCGACGGCUGGACAGAAAUGACCAACAGUAUCAAAAUCAUCAUGGUCAUUAUCAUCAAUAUCAGAACACACAGUCUAAAUUACUUCUGCAAUGAGAUGUACAAGCGUUUGCGAGACAGAGGUGUUACAUGCUACGAGAUCGAUUCCUUUUAUUAGGCUGGAAAGAUGUUACAGUUAAUGAAUUUGCUAACAACCAAGCAAAGAGAAGUGGACACCGAAAGCAGACAAACGUCCAUGUAAUAAUGAAUGAAGGGAAAAGAAAAUACAGUACAAAGGAAACAGAUUCAGAUAUUACAGAGGGUAUUGAUUUGCCACUCGAUAUCUGGUUUUUGAUCAGUGAGCAUAUCCGUCCUGAAGAUGUUGGAAGAUUUGGUGCAAUUUGCUAUGCUACUUUUUAUGUGAUUUCCACUGGAAGGUUUUGGAUUACUUUAUAUAAAAGGCACCACAGACUAAUCUCGGAACUCCCACAAGAGCUGACCAUCUGGAACAUGGAACGCCUGAGGGGUCUCAAGGCCAAUGUGAUUCGUGCCCUCUUUUACAUGUACCCUCCAUUCCAUGCUCGAAUUGCAGGAGAAAAGCCCUUAACAGCUGAUCCCACUCGGCUGUUGCGUACUCAGUGUGUGUUGCAAUGGCAUAGUAAAGUGGGCAGCCUAUAUAGAUAUUACUUCAAGUUUAGCAAGCAAAUGCAAAAUAAGAAAAGACUCACAUCAGCAAGAGAAGGCUUGCCAAACCUCAUGGCAAUGGAUAGUCUGAUACAUGUUAAUGACAAUGAAGGUUGCUAUAUAAUGGAGAGAUCAUGUCAUGAAAAAAUCUGGCUCAAGUGGUGGGUAACAAGAACAUGCUGUCACAGGAAAAUCUGGCUGCAGGCCGAAUGACACAAACCUGCCAUUAUGAGCAUUUUGGUUUAAGGCCUGGGUGACAAGAAAGACUUAUGUGAUUGCCUUGAUUCAACCAGAUCUAAGAGGUUAAGAUGUUGAUGGAUCUGAAGUGAUCCUCCUCUAGGUUCAGCAAUGGUGAGGCCCAUCCACCACAAGAAAUUAUGCACUCGUUACAUGACAUUAGUGAUGAUGAUUGAGAUGCAAGUAGCUCACAGUCUUAUCAAAAUAAAGUACCUGAUGAUAAUGUCUGUAGUUCUGUAGUUACAAAACUUCUGCCAGCCUUAGUGGAAGCUCUUAAAAGAAAGAGGGUGAGCACAAUGGCUAUGGGAAUCAGAUGAGUGAUAACAGUUGUGAAGGAGAGGAUAAUGAAGUUGACAGGAAUGAUGAUGAUAUUACACAAAGCAGCAACUAUUCUGUUUUUUCACAGGACUUAGUUCAUGGGUCAGAUAAUGUGGUAUCGUGACAAAAUGCAAUUACACCUUCACAAAUUAUAUCUCAAGCAAAUGUUGGGGCAUCUACUACUAAUGAUUUUCAAAGUUUUCAAGUUACCAUCAAGGCAACAUAGGACAGCUUUGGGGGAAUUAUUCAGUGAUCCAUGGAUAAACAAUACAGUUCAGAGAAAAAGUUUAUUUUCUUUUAAAGACCUCCUGUCUCAGAUAGUAUUCCUACAUCAUUACAUUUUUCUAAUAAUGACAAACCAGCCCUAGAUACAGCCAUAGAU